GGAAAUUUUAAAUUAGAGAAAGCAGUAAUUGUUAGGAAGGUGACCAGGUACGAAUAUGAGAAAUACAUUUUGAAGCCUGAUCUGACUGAGGAUCAACUCAAAAUUUACAUCAACAAAAAGGGUUCUAAUUAUGAUUUUCUCUACCUACGCCACCAAGAAUACAUAAAAAGUUUACUGGAUCUGGAGAAUGCUUUUGAGAAACGAGGAAUAAAGUACAGAUUAGUGCAACGCUACAACUUCAGGCCCCAACUAAUUGAUUGGGCAGAUGCUAUUUUCACGUGUGGUGGAGAUGGCACGUUCCUAUUGGCUGCCAGCAAAAUUCAAGUGCCUAACAAACCGGUGAUUGGAAUUAACUCUGAUCCAAUUAGAUCUGAAGGCUUUUUAUGCCUGCCUAGAAAAUAUUCCUCCAACAUCAUGCUGACUUUGGAUAAAAUUUUCAAAGGAGAAUUUAGG